UGUCAUACGAUUGCUUGACUCUGGGAUGCAUCGAGUAAGCUCCAAUAUUUCCUGGCAAUUGCGUAAAGCAUUUUUUCGUCGUCGACGUUACAGAAAAGUUUGGGCGUUAUAUGUGCAACGUCACAACUUCAUGUAGUUAAAUUAAAAUUAAUUUGAUGCUUGCUUAAUGAUGCAAAAAAAUUGUCCAGGCCCUGAUAAAAAGAUCUCUCAAUCAUGCUGCAUUAUAAGAUCUAUUGUAGGGUAAUAAGCUUAUUGAGCCUCGUCAAUUUUGAUUAAUUUGAAUUAAAGCUCAGUUAAGUAAUGCAGCUUUCAUGGACCGCAUGUUUCUAUUUUCCCAUGUGUUUGUUUGGCGGUAAUUAGAAAAUAGUAUUAUGAUCAUCACGAAGUUGAAUGGAGCCGCUUGGGAGUCGUGCAAAAGCGCUAGUUUUCCAGGACUCACGCAAUGUGAAUCAAAUAAUAGAAAAUUAUGCAAGAUGCAGAACCGGCGCACAUGUAGAUAAAGUUCCAUCUCCCGUACUUACGAAAAAAUAUUAUGUUACAAGUUAUCGCGAUGGUAAACUUCGCUUUAAUGAAUUCAAUUCAAUGUUUACAAUUAAUAAUUUUCAUGUGCGCACUCAUCCCGUAUUGAUGUAAACAAAAACAAAGAGACAUUUUUGUUAUGAAUUCCUGCAGCAUUUACACGUUUUUGUGAUCCAAGAUGACAAAUCUUACAAAUACUAUGAAGAAACAUAGAGUGGAAUUGCAAGUGGUUGACAUUUUGAAAACUACAAACUAUUCUCUUAACAUUGUCAGUAGGCAUAAAGAAAAUAUUGUACAUAUCAGUGCUGCUAACAAUUGUACAAACAUAAUAAAGUGCAUCCUAGGCAAGUACAAUAAAUAUUGCUUAGAACGUAAAAAUGCUUUUGGUUGGACGCCUUUGAUGCAUGCUAUAAGAAAUCAGCACUUUCAAAUGGUUCAAUUAUUAUUAUAUUCUGGUGCAAUUGUAAAUGAUUUUUCUUUUUUGGGAUUAUCUGUUCUAAGUUUGGCAUGUGCCAUUAGUGAAAAAAUGUUUGAUUUAGUUUAUAAAAAUGAUCCAGGAGCUUUGGAAAAUGCUGCUCAUGAUGAUAUCAAUCCAUUAUGUGUAGCUGCAUUAAAAAAUGAUAAAAAUCUAUUUUUCAAACUUAUAAGCCUUGGAUUAAAAGUUGAUACAGCCAAUAUUUUUACUCAUACAAUGAUGAAACGUUCUUCUGUACCAGAAAUUGUUGCUUUAGCUAAAUCACAUUCAUUCAUUGAAGAUUAUUGGAAUGAUUUAACUGACAUUCACGAUUUUGUUAUUUGUAGAGAUAAUGACAGUAUUUUAAAUGCAACUAAUAAUGUUAUUAGAGAAAUAGAUAUAAGUAGCUCAAAAUUAAAUAAUUUUAUCCCAGCAAUACACAUAGAUAAUUCUGAUACAAAAAAUUGGUUGAAAUAUUCCAAAAGAGAAAUAAAAUCUUUUCAAUAUCUAGAAUCAUCUGUAAAUGACUACUUAUCUAAAAAUGAUGUAUCACCUAUGCUAACUUAUUCCAAUAAAUUUGUAUUUCCUACAUCGCCUAAUGUAUUUGUUGCUGAAAAUAAUUCCUGCCAUGAAUUUGAAAAAUUCAAGUUGGAUAUUGGUGACAAAGGUAUUCCUUCAGAACUUUGUGAUGCUAGUUCAAAUGUUGAAAAUAAUCUAAACAAUGAUGAAGUAUCUCCAUUAGUUUUGAAACGGUGCCAACACUCCCGACCACCCAGUUUGAGGCUAAGAAGUGCUAGCAAUGAUUCUGAUAUUACAUUGAGUUUCACACCAAAGUUUAGUCCUAGUAAAUCGCCUAAUGCGCUACAUAAUAAUGACGAAGAAAAUGUUUUUGAUGAUUCAACUCCAACACCACCUAAAUAUAGAACUCCACCAAAUGGAAUAAUAUUAGAUCCUGGAAUUAGGAAGCUCAUUCAUAUAUUAAAAAGAUUUGGGUUUAACAAACAUAUUCCUGUAUUCAUUGCACAAGAAGUGGAUUUGGAAUUGUUUUAUAGUCUUUCUGAUCGAGAUUUGCAAGAAAUUGGAUUUGAAGAACAAGCUGACAGAAACAAACUAUUGUGUUUUAUUAACAAAUAUAGUAGUACAUUCAAACAGCUUUAUAGUUUUAAUUUCUAAUUCUUAGAAUAAAAACUAAAUAUCAUACUCAAGCACUACCAUUAACACAAAAGUUGAUCUGCAAUAAUAUUUUCAAUCACUGAUAUUUCAAGUAUGUUAAUUUUGGUUUGUUAUAUUAUUCAUUUUUGUAACUAUACUUUGAUUAUGAUAGAAAAUUUUCUGUACAUAUAAUUAUGCACCAAUGCUUUUUAAAAGAAGUCACAUGUUAUUUUUGAACUAAUUUAAAAUUUUAAUAAAUUAUAUUUUUAAAAUUUUAA